AUGGCUUUGACAAAGGGAGUCACCGAAGAACAUCUCAGGAUGAAAGUCUUUCCCUACACAUUGAAAGAUAAAGCAAAGAUGUGGCUAAGCUCUUUUAGGCCUGGAUUAUUGACUAGCUGGACGGAGGUUCAAAACAAGUUCUUGGAGAAAUUCUUUUCAACUCAAAAAACUGAUGCACUGAGGGACAAAAAUCAUGCAAUUCAGCCAAUAGGCUGA